GAAAGCAGUGUGAUAAUUCCCUGAGAAAGAGAUAAUGAAAUUAGGGUACCUGUUCCAGGAGGAAAUCAUGUUAGCUGCGUCUUCCUUCUUAUUAUGCCAUCUUUGACAACACAUUAUUGUGGACUUGCUGCAGCUUUUUGUUGUUCCUUAUCAAAGUUUCAAGCAUAUAAGGGGAUCUCCAUUAUUCUUCUUCUCGUUCUGAGCACUGCCAUCUUUCAUUGAGGAUCAUUGAUGCAUCUUCUGCAGAAACUAGUUUCUUUCACCAUGUUUGUACCUCUUCCUAAUUUUGUUCUGCCAUUUGUUAGCUCUUCUCAAGAACAAGUGAGACUCACAGGGAACCAUAGCAAUAACAAAGCAAGCAUUCAUGAGAUAAGUCCUAAACUGUUAUUUGAGAUUACACUUCAUGGCUUCCUCCUUUGGGCUUCAAUGGGGUUCCUGAUCCCUGUUGGAAUACUCACUAUCAGGAUGUCCAACAGAGAAGAAUGUGGAAGAAGGCUUAAAAUUCUUUUCUAUGUUCAUGCAGUCACAGAGGCAAGUUCAUCUUUUUUCUCUUUGUAUAUUCACAUUUCUUUUCUGGCCAUCUAGAUCAACAAACAGCAUUUUCUAUAUUGUUACAAAUUAUCUUUUCCUUAAAAGACAGCAUUAAAGCUUUAAGCAUAUAUUUUAAAUAAAAGUUGAUUCCCACUCUUCAGCUUUUAAUGAUGGUGAAAGAGAUAUAAACGAGAUGUCUCCUUCUUUGAAAAUUUUUUAUGUAGCCCACAGUUUCUUGAGAACCAUUUAGAGAUGCCUUCAAGUUGGAAAGAGAUAAAAAGAAAGAUAUUUACUUCUU